AUGGCCAAUUCAUCACAGAAAAAGAUUGCACAUGAGAAUGCAAAAGCAUUACUCUCCCUUCGCAAGGGAUUCAUCUGGGUCAAUGCGUUCUACAUCUUUUACAGGAUCAUCUAUAACUGGAGUACAUUUGGUCUCAAACUUGGCUUUGGAUACAUUGCAACUGCAGGGCUAAGCAUCUUUCUCUACACUCAAAUUAAUGCCAUGGGUCGACCCCGUUACAACUCCAGGGGUGAAUUGGCAGAUGCCGGUCAGGAUCUUUCACAGGAAGGUCUUGUUCAAUAUGCAUUUGAUAUCAUCUAUGUGACCUGGUUCGUCCAUGUUACAUCUGCCUUCUGGUCCAAAAUGUGGUGGUUCUAUCUAUCUAUCCCCGCAUAUGCUGGAUGGAAAGCUUGGCAGUUGGCAGUAAAGCCAAUGUUGGCUCGCAGCGGAAUGGGCGUUCCUAGCGGUGCUGCUGAAGCCUCUGGAAGCACAGAGGGCACAAAGUCAAAGAGACGUGAAAAGAUGGAGAAACGUGCAGAGAAGGGUCCUCAGGUCCGCUACCGUUAA